CACGUAAAACUCCACACUUUUAUUAAAUUUCCGUCACUCUGCCCUCGUGCCUCGGCAACCAUUGCGGCGCACAUAAGGGGCCGCUUCGGGGCCUUGCGUCCAGUGCAGUUGUGGGCGGACCGGCGGGACGCGCAGCGCUUCUGCCGCAACGUGGACGACCCACGCGGCAAGGAGGCCCACUGGGUGACGGCGCCGCAGCUGCUGGUCCAGCUGGUGACCUCGCGCCACGACUGGAACUACGAGCGCAAGGCCUUCGAGAUCGUGCUCACCUCGUACCGGCAGAGCCUGCACUUCGACGGUUGCUACAAGGGCGAAUACCAAUGCGGCAACAAGUUCUGCAUCUGGCGCGAACUGACGUGCAACAACGAGAACAACUGCGGUGACCUGAGUGACGAGAAUUGCAUGUCAAAGACCCUGGCAGUGGCCGUGACCGUCGCCGCUGGAAUCACGGUGGUUGUACUCAUCUUCGCCUUAGUGGCCUACAUCAGGAAGCGUGCUCAAGUGGGACCACAUGACUUGUCUCGCACCACGAGCUCCCAGUCGGUUCACAGCGCGGGAUCGGGAAUUUCCGGUGCCUACGACACCACCUAUCGGCCACUGGUGGGAAAGCACCUGCUCAUGGAACCACUCUUGGAGGUGCCCAGUGUGCAGGUCUCUGGCCUUCCCAGCCGGACGUCUUCCGAGGACAACGUGCCGAAGGAGGCCCAGGGUAGCGAGAAGCGACUGAGGCCCUGCAUUCGCUACGACCGGUCCGUGUCGGACCCGAUGUGAAAGACAGAAACGUGCUGCCUCGUCAACGAGAGUGGCUAAAUGGGAUGUUUGGCGGCAGAAGUACACGGAUGUGGACGGUACGGUACGGUCCACUGUUAAAGGGAACACCUAGCUUGUAGAUAGGACAGCAGUCUGGGCCCCCAAGUUGGCUUUCUUUUUUUCAGGACAAACGUACAAAGAGCGAAAAAUGAUCAGAGAAAAAUCUAAACGACAAAGCCAGUGCUCACUAAAAAUUGAAAGGCUAUUGCCAAAAUCGUACCCCAUAUACGUACGUCAAAGACACCACGCCGGCAGGUAUCUAAACCGCAUGACCCAUAAUGUAACGCGUGGAACAAAAUGUAAGCUUAACAUGAGGAAACUAUCAUUGCAGUGUUAAGGUAAUCAGUGCGAUGUCAUAAUAAGCAAUCUCGAUGAUAUAGUAGAAGCAGCAGAUAUCUAUUCUGAACUCAACAUUACUUUACGGCUAUCCUUGAAACGAGAAAUGUACAAUCAUUUCAUUUUCCCGGUACUUACAUUAUGGACAAAAAUUGAGAGGUUAAAAAAGAAUCUUGGGAAGAUGUUAAGAACCGUGCAACGAGCAAUAAACAGAAGUUGAUAGGCGUAACGCUAAGAGACAGGAAAACAGCAUGUUGAAUGAGCGGUGGUACUCGACAUUCCAGUUGAGAUUAUUAUAAUGAAAUUGAGUUGGGCCGCCGGCCAUGGGGGCCAAGGCAAGGGAAGCGCAGUGCAGUACGGCAGAGAACUGGAUGGUGUAAUGAAAUUAGGAAAUUUGCAGGCAUAGGAUGUAGCCAGCCAGCGCAAGGGUGAGGUAAUUGGAGAUCGAUGAGAGAAGCGUUCGUUCUGCAGUGGACAUUAAAAUAGGCUAAUGAUGAUAAGACAUAAUUUUGGAAUAAUCUUUUUGAGUGAGCUUUAGACUUGAUGUGUUUCCUGUUUGUUUUCGUGCUCUGUGCAUUUACCAUGAAUUAGCUCAUAAAAAAGUAAAAAAGCCCGAGGACUUCGAGUUUACCUGGGGGUGGGGGGGGACUAGAGAGAAGCUGAAGUGGGCUGAUAUGUAGGCAUGUAGGCAUUAAAAGUAAUCUGUGUGUCUUCAUGCCCCAUUUCAGCUGUACUGAACUGCUAACUACUAACGCUUCCCUUUAAUAACAAACCGUACUGUACCCGGGAGGACAUACAGCGCUAACCUCCAACAACACGUUCAUUUGGAGUUUUACUGCCCCACGUCUACAACCAUUAUACGUCAUCGGACGCGUGCACACUGUUGUACAGUGAACACCUGUCAUCUCUGUUCUUCGCAUUAAGCACUGUGCAUUGUACCAUGUACCUUAUGUGUUCGCUCAUUUGUGCUUGCACUACGAACGUUCUCCAAGACGCCUCGUCAGACAAUGGCAAUAUCCGAGAACGCGCGAGUAGCAAACCUGUGCGUGGUGUGGGAAUAGUGCAGCUUGUGACGCUGAGUUGGUGGGCGCAAUUGAUGUCAGACAAUGUGGCGAGAUGGAUUGCAGUUGCAUGUUUUUGUUUUGCUCUCGCAAAUAGGUAAGGGUGCCUUUCAAACCGCUUUUUUAAAGAACUGUUUGAAACUGAGGACAAUUUGAUGGCAUUUGAGAACGCUGUAAGGGAUGCAACAAAACAGAUAAAGCCGCAACCAAAAACAAUCUUUUUCGUGCUUAUUCCCGUGCUUUCCGAGCUGAUAGAACGUCUUAGAUGGAAAAUUAGUAAAGUAUCUCCAAUCUCGAAGAUUGUGAUGGAGCCUUUGCGUGCUCAUUCCGGAACCGUCGUAGAAGGAUUUAAAAGAUCAGCAUUUCUGGGAGGGAAUUUGUAGAUGCCCCUGCACCGAUUUGGAGAUAGCACAGUUAUCGUGUUUUACGUUUACUGCCCAUAAGGUUUGUUCUACGAGGUCUGUGUGUUUGUAGAUAAUGCACAAAAGAGUUAUGGCAUGAAUUUGGAUAUAGUUGAUGUGCUGUUUCUCACGGUGAAGUGCAGCACCACCGAAUGAAUGCUCGCUAUCUAAUAUUUGAAUUGCCACUAUCGCUAUGAAUAUCAUCGUGCGAUUGCUGCUCAGCUUUUAUGUAGUGGUUAUGCAAUUUAACGUGCUUACCAAAGCGUUCUUGUGAAAGGAUAUGCGCAUGUGCUACAAGCAGUUUGUUGAAAUCAAGGAUUGGACGGGACCCCGUCCGGUCGGGAACAUACAUGACAACAAAUAAAACGCCACGAGAAAGGCUCCCGUGCGGUAGCCGUAACGUCUUGUGUUUACAAACUUUCGCGGUCGGUGUUCUUUUUAAUUGCGGUCAAGGAGUUUGUUCUUUCAGACAAAUCAGCAAAAGCUGUACAAACGUCCACCAAAAUUAAUUUCAGAUAACCCACUCUGGCUACCCCUUGAGGAGACAAGUGGCUGGAAGUUUGGUUAUGAGCUGUCCUCAACUACGUCUAAAUACCUGCGCAGUGUACUUCAGUUCGUCGAACAUGUAUUACUCUGCUGUUCUGUUGUGUUAACACGAUACACGGGUCACAUAAAAAUGCAGACAAAUUGAUGAACAGUGGGGGAACAGGCGAAGCCUCAGUUUGGAGCCAACGUUUUGAUAAAGGUCUUAUACACUCUUAUCGAAGCUUCUGGAACUUCUGGUUUCUGCGAGCUGUGGUUUUCCUUAUACGCCACGUGUUUAUCACUUUGCCCUCUUGUACGCUAUUCCUACUGCUACCUGCUUGCGGUGAAGAUACAGAAAGUGGAACAAAUGCAUUUUAGCCAGUAAGAACUCAACAUUACCCGCACACAUUUGAGCAAUGUGACAGGGAGCAUCGAAUUUGUUUUUAAUCAGUGAAUUCACUUGGAAUGCGUUUUUGAUCAUACUUGCUAAGUAACUAUAUUUAUGAACAUUUAGUGUCGGCGGCGAGUGUUGCGGUCAGUGCAAGUUCGGAGCUAGUAUGACCUCCUGAAUUAAAAUUUUGGUGUGCUUGUGACAGUUUUCAUGGAGUACUUCAAUGUGAUGCUACUUUGCAACAUUCAACAUUCAUAGAUGUAUACACCCGAUAAAUUUCAAGCGUCACAGCGUAUUAUAAGCGCUCGAUCGUUAUGCGUUGCACCUUUUAGUUAGUGGGCGGGAUCGGAUAGUCCCUUAAUCGUUAACUGGACAGCACUACUGCAGAUGCCGACGUACGCUGCGAAGAAGAAUGAAGCACCCACCGAAAAUAGAAAUUUAGAAAAUGACAAGGCAAAACGCUGCACGAUGUUGAGAGGUGGGCGCAUGUAAUAUUGCUGCGGACUCUUUUCUGUUCUGAAAAUAGGUCGCUAAUGUUGAAUC